UCGCGCCGUUUAGCCUUACCACAGGAUCUAAACGACAACGGAUUGUUGGACUAACGGGUUUUAUUACACUAAAGAAGACUUUGGACAUAAGAAAAUACACAAUUUUAGUCAUGACUUUGAACAAAGGAGACAAGUUCCGGAACAUGGAUAAAAGAAGAGGCAGCAUGCCAUUCCCCAUGCACCUGCAAAACCUCCACAGACGAAGUAUGCCCGUGGACGACCGCGAGUUGCGCUCCACCAUGCCUCCGGUACCUACCGGACAGCUUUCCAACCUCAUGCGCUGCACAUCCUACGGCCCCGGCGAGCAGUACCGUGACAGCUGUGUCUCAGAUUCAUCCGACUCCGUUAUCUCCUCCGGUAGUGAUUCUGAAGGGCAGGUGUACAAGGUGGUUCUGCUCGGUGAGCAUGGAGUGGGGAAAUCCAGUCUGGCGCGUAUCUUCGGAGGAGUAGAGGAUGGUCACGACUGCGAGGAGGCAGGGAACACAUACGACAGAUCAGUCGUUGUUGAUGACGAAGAGGCCUCCAUCCUUCUGUACGACAUCUGGGAACAGGAUAAUAGCCAGUGGCUGCAAGACCAGUGUAUGCGAAUGGGAGAUGCCUAUAUUAUUGUCUAUUCUGUGACUGACAAGGCCAGCUUUGAGAAAGCGUCCGAGCUGCGAAUCCAGUUGCGCCGUGCUCGCCAGUCCGAAAACAUUCCCAUCAUCCUUGUGGGGAACAAGAGCGACCUGGUGCGGUCCAGAGAAGUGUCUGUGGAUGAGGGAAGUGCAUGUGCGGUGGUCUUUGACUGUAAGUUCAUCGAGACGUCAGCAUCGCUCCACCACAAUGUGCGUGACCUGUUCGAGGGCAUCGUGAGGCAGAUCCGGCUGCGGAAGGACAGCAAGGAGGAGAACGCGCGACGCAUGGCCAGCUGCAAGCGCCGCGAGAGCAUCAGCAAGAAGGCCAAGCGCUUCCUGGGGCGGAUAGUGGCACGCAAGAACAAGAAGAUGGCUUUCCGGCAGAAGUCCAAGUCUUGCCACGACCUGACAGUCCUUUGAAGAACCCAGGCGUACUCUCUUGCUAUUUUUUUUAUUUUUCUCUCCUUCUCUCUUUUCUCUUCUCUCCUUCUCUUUUUUUUUCUUGUGCUAUCUGCCAUUGGACCGGACGCUGUGGGUUUUUGACACUACAUACCACCCUAAAAUGGACUGACUCAGCUGUACAGAGAUAUAUUUGCAUAUUUUAUAUUGUAUAAAUAUAAAGAUGAGAGUUUAAAAUGAUAAAAAUCAAUACACAAUGUAGAUGUUGAACCUGCAUGAAGCUUUUUGAACUUUCAUUUCCUGUAUUCUUUUUUUCUUAUUACUCUGUGCUGCCUUAUGUAUAGCAGUUUAAUUUUACCGGAUGUAGAUCCCCAACAUUGUACAUAGGAUGUAGAUCCCCAACAAGGACAUUUUAGGGUUGCCUUGGUGAUGGAAUGGAAAGAGCGGGCAUGUUUUACCAUGCUGUCAGCCCUUUGUACAUAGGUCAGAAAUCUCCACUAGGGAGGCAGGGCUGCCUUCAUGACCUCAUCACUGGUCGAGGAGGCAACAGUAGCUUCUGAAAGCACAGCUAAUGAUUUCUCACAUAAUGUGAUCUGUCAUCUGGAACCGUACUUUACUUGAAAGUGGGUAUGCAGGCUCGUACUCCACAGAGAUCCAGGAACUGCAUGGGGGGUGGGGGGUGGUCAGGGGUGUUUCGCUCUUUUAGGGGGUUGAGAAUUGACAUAUUUCUCUUUUUUGAUGACAUUUUUCAUUAAUUCACAAUCAAACCCUGUGGUAUGAAUGAG